AUGGGUUGCUGUCUCUCCCGAGAGGGUGACCAAAGCUCGCCCUACCCCGACGCUGGUGCGACCGGCUCCGGACGGGCCAUUAACGAGGCGGACCAGGCGGGCGGUGGUGCGUCUAGCUCACAGACGGGCGUCGACGAGCCCAGCCCCUCCACCUCCCGCCGUCGUAGAAGACAGUCCCAGCAACCCCUCGACCAGCACAUCAACAAGCCCCUACGACGCCACGUGUGGACCAGCCAGGACCGACAGUGGACUCUGGCCGCGCUGCGCCAGGAGCGGACCGAUUUCUUUGACACGAGGGUCACGGGCCGAGAGGAGAUAUGGCAGGCCCUGCGGGCCGCGCUUGAGGUUCUCUGGGCGGCGGACGAGGCGGCUCGGAAUGGGCGGUACGACCGGUCCAGUGAGGAUGGUGGUGGAGGAGGUGGUGGUGGGCCGAGCGAGGAAGACCCGGCUGUGGCCCUUGCGACGGCGCAGAGUAUCAUUGAUGCGGCGGAUAUCACGUUGCCCACCGGGGAUUUGUACAACGGCGCGUACGAUGUCUUUGGGAACUACUAUCAGCUGUCACACCAGAUCGUGGCGGACCCUUCCAAUUUACUCUGGAACCCCGCUCCCCCCGCCGUCGGCCAGGGCGAUAUGGACGAUUCCAAAGCGGAUUUCACGGCUGGCGAGGAAACGGAGCGAGAAUACGACCAGGACGAGGCCGAGGCCGAACGACGCCGCGAGGAAAAGGGCAAGGCUGUCGUAGACAUCCGGAACCAGAUCACUAUUCGGGCGCGACUCAGCGACGGCUCGCGGGACGUUAGUGUCACCGUAAACAUGGGUGACUCUGUCCGACGGAUCGCAAGGGCGGUUGCGGAGAAGGCAAAGCUUCAAUCUCAUAAGAAGAUCCGCAUCGCCUACAUGGGCAAGAUCCUGCUUGAAGCACCGCUUGAAGGAGACCCGCUUCACCUGCUGGAUUCGGUCUCCGAAACCACUCUCUCUAUCCAGGUCGACGGUUCGACCCCCGCCACCCCAGUCGGCUUAGAGCCGCAUCGACUCGCGGCUCCCAUGAGGAACCGCGACCGCUUUACCUCGGCGCUGCGCCGUCUCGGAAAUUCCUCCCAAAUUCCCCAGUCCACAGACUACGAAGCGUCCAACACCGGCCCCUUGGAUAUGCCAGCGCAGUUGGAGAGACGAGGGUCACGUUUCUCGCGCUGCAUCGACUCCAUCAAGGCGAGCCGCGCCAGGAGACUGGAUCGCAGCUAUCGCCAGGAGACUGCUGUCUAUUCUGAGGAGCAUGUCGUAUUCAACCCUCGCGUUGUCUGGAUGGUGGCCGCUAUGGUCAUGUAA